AAAGCGCGAGACUACAUCAUGAUUCUCAGCGGACUCGAAGUCGUCACCCGCCAGUUGGUGCGUAACCUACGGCAUGUUCCCCAGCAACGACAACCGUGCGGAGUCGACCUUACUUUACGCCAGGUCUCCAAAUGGACCUCCGCGGCCACCAUCGACUUCGACAAUACCAAGCGUCAAGGAGCCCAGACGUCGAGCCUGCCCUUCGACACCACCAGCCACGCAAUCACACUACAGCCAGGCGCCUACUUAGUCGACUUCAACGAGACCGUCCACGUCCCACGAAAUUGCAUGGGGAGCGUAUUCCCCCGAUCGUCGCUCUGGCGGUCUGGCGUGGGGAUCGCGGCCGGAGUGGUCGACGCUGGGUAUGAGGGUGCAAUGGGAGCUUUACUGGAGGUGAAGAACCCCCAUGGAGUCGUGCUGUACCGAGAUGCCAAGCUCGCCCAGAUUGUCUUCGAGGAACUGGGGGAAACCGUCGAGGGGUAUCAGGGGAUCUACCAGUCUUCGACGAGCAGCGUGGGGCGCAAUGGGACAUAAGACUGAGGGAAGAUGAAAGGACAAACAAAAUGUCGGACGAGGUCGGAUGAUUCGUU